AUACAGAGUCACACAUAGUGUUAAGUACAAUGACGCGAAUUCCCUGAUUGAGGACAGCCGGUUAAGCGUAUCGCAGUUUGUACGAUGGAAUUACAACACAUUUGCUGUCGGGAUACAAAUGAAGUUUAACACUUGAUUUUGUGGAAAUUAUUAGGAUAAAUUUUUGUUUAGAACAUAUCUUCGGUCCGCUACAGUAGUAUCAGGUGAAACCAUGAAACAUCUGGUGUUGUCAGCAAUAGUCUUUGCACAUAUCAUAACAAAGGCAUAUGGAAAAACGGAACAAUUCUGUGGUCAUACUCGGUGCUUGUGUUAUGAGAGGCACAUUGCAGAUUGCUCGUACAAAAACCUCACGAUCAUUCCACAUGGAUUGCCAAGCACUAUUUGGAAAAUUCUCUUGUCAGGAAACAAUUUCAAAGAACUCAAAGAUAUUACGUUUAAGCCACUGCUGGGCCUGAAUGUCAAACAUUUAGCAUUAGAUCGGUGUCAUAUAGAAAAUAUGUCAUCAUUUGCGUUUAAAACUCUUCCUCACCUUCGUUUUCUCGAUUUAUCAUUUAACAACCUUUCAUUUGAUAUAAUAAAUACUGCAAUAAGUCGACUUGGUAGAUCAGACCUCAAAGUCCUAAAUAUUUCAGGAAACACACAAGGGUCACGUUCUCCUGGGGAAAUAUUCAGUGCUAAAUGGCUUCGUGGAGUAAGAGAGUUAGUGAUGCAGAACAUGAAGGUGCAGAUUCUCAAUUUUGCAUCAUUUAGGUUUCUAACUGAAUUAAGAAAACUAGACCUCAGCAACAAUGCUUUAAUAUCUACUGAGCUAUGGAGUCUACCCAGUUUGCAUGAGAUAAACUUUUCGAACAAUUUUUUCGAGGAGACGCCUCAGUUUUGUCCUCAUCAUGGAGUCGAGGAUCCUUAUUUUCCAAAUCUGACAAGGCUUUAUUUUACUCACAACCGACUCUCGCAAACAUAUUAUUUUAUACUGGACGGAAAAUGUUUGCCUAAAUUAAUAUAUUUGGAUGUUUCAUACAACCCCAUUAGAGUAAUGCUCUCGAACUCAUUUAUAACAUUACAUAAACUGAAAACCUUAAUGAUCGAUCAUCUGUUGGAGCUGGGUAUAAAAAUGGAAAAUCGAUCACUGGCUUCUGAUGGCUUGGAAAAACUAUCCAUAGGAAGCAUGACUAUGGGAAACGUAGAGGAUUUCAACUUUCGCUUUGCUUUCAACGAUUGUCCAUCUUUAAAAUUGUUACGCAUUAUGAACGUAAACUUUUCAGCUUUUACAGGAGAAGAUUUUACAGAUAUGCUUUUACCUCUUAACAAAUUAAGGUCACUCUUCAUCAUCAAAAGUGAAAUAAGACAUGUUCCAUACCUGCAAAAUUUACCUAAAUUGAAGAAUUUGAAUUUAAACUUUAAUAAAAUAAAUGUAGUGCAUGCAAAAGAAUUUCAAAAUCUUCCAGAACUGGUAAAAAUAUCUUUAGUAGACAAUCAGCUCAUCACUAUUUCUAGGGAAUCUCUCCCUGAAUUGUUAUGGGAAAAGAAGAAACUAUUCAUUGACGUAUCCUUCAAUCCGUUUAACUGUGACUGUGAAAUUGAAUGGUUCAGAAAAUGGUUGAAAAAUAACACUAAGAGGGUGAUGAAAUAUCCUCAAGGUUACAUUUGUAAAACCCCUCAAGAAUGGAAAGGGCGCUUUCUGGCCGAGUUCCAGCCAAAGGGUUGCAACCUCCCAAACCAGUAUGUAGUGUUGGCCUUUUCUGUCUGUGGAUUCCUAAGCAUUAUAAUAUUAUCUUCAGUGGUUAUCAGAAAACUUCAUUGGGAUAUAAAAUAUUACAUUCACAUUCUAAAAAACAGAAACAAUUCCGGAUACACACAGAUACGAGACCAUGAAACAGAAACAGAGUAUGAUGGAUUUGUGGCAUACAAUUGUAGAGACAGAAGGUGGGUUAUGGCAGAAUUAGUUGAGCAUUUAGAACGAAAGCAUGACUACAGGCUCUUCCUUCAUGAGAGAAAUUUACUUCCUGGUGGGAUUCAAAUUGAAGAUAUUCACACAAGCAUUGACACCAGUAGAAAAUUCAUUCUUGUCUUAUCGAAUAACUUUAUGACUGAUCAUUGGUGCCAAUAUGAAGCUACUGUUGCGAAGGACUCUCUUGCAGGUGGCCAUGGAGACAAAAUAGUUGUUAUUGUGCUUGAAAAUCUCCAUUCAAAACACAUUACCAGCUCCUUCAAAACUCUUCUAAAAUAUACAGAUAAUGCAGAAUGGACUGAAAAUGCAAACGGACAAAAGCUUUUCUGGAAAAAUGUCGUCGAUUUUAUGAAAAAGUGAGGAAAGCCUUUAUGCACAGGGAAGAAUAAAAAAGAAUGUUUCCAUAUGUCUCAAUGAAAAAGUUACACGUAUAUCUAAAAUAAACUUUGAAUGUGUUGCACUCCGUGUACAUCUAUCUGUAACCUGUCAAGGAUGACAAUCACUUAUUGGAAUAAAGAACAUUAAGACUGCAGAACAUUAAUUAGCACGAUUGGAAAUACACAGCGUUCGUCACUGUCAUGUGUUGCAGUCAAAACAUUUCACAUCACAAAUGAAAGGGGUAGUCUUAAAUCUAGAUGAAAUAACGGCGUGAUUUUACCAGUCUGUGGAAUCAUAGCACGGGUGAGACCGCGGUGUAUAUGGGGCUCCACGUGGUAGAUUCAGCGACUAUUUUGGUGCCAUGUGGAAGACCUGUGAGUCCGGGAAUGGAAGCGGAGGGGCUGUUAGCACUGUAUUAUAUGGAGGCCUGGUUGUGCCAAGUGUGACAUGGUGUUAAUGAAGUGUGUGGAGUAGCCAAAUUUUCAUUUUGAGUUUAGUGAAUUAUCAUUUUAUCAAAAAAUAAUUGAGAAAAUUUGUAUUUGCAUAGAGUUAUUUCUACUGUCCAGGGCUCGAAAUUAGCGAGAAAUACUCGCAAAAUGCGAGUACAUUUGAAAAAUAGCGAGUAAAAAUAAUGGACACUCGAAAAUCUUAGCGAGUGGUGAUUUACAAACUAUGAUCGUAUCGUAUCCGUUUUAUACGGUGAUGCGCUAUUCGCUUCUCUCAAACUUGCACUCUGAAUCAUACAAACGCUUACAUGAACGACCGAUUUCAAUAACCGUUUUUAUCCGGAUUUUUCUUUUAUGAUUAUUUAAGGAACUCGGAGUCAAACAAAUGCUUUAGAGAUCGGACAUCGCAUAUCGACAUGUGUCACGAGUCCUGUUCACCUAUAGGGGUGAUUAAAUUGAAUAAUUCCAAGUAUGAUGUUUUUGUUAUUCAUUUAUCUACAAAAAAUAUCAGAAUCUAUGUUUUACCAAGUCUUCCGGUAGUUAUUUUUAUCAGAAUCAUGAGAAUAUCAUAUCUAAAUUUAUUGUCAUAUUGAGGUCGGGUUGUAGUGACGUACAUUUCUCACCUUGUCGACGAUUAUCAAAAAAGUCAUAGGACUCGUCAUCGUGCUGCUUAUAAAACCAUGAGUCCUGUAUUCGCUUUAAAAAAUCACUAGUGACAACCCUGAUGUGGCAUGAAAUUGGAAGACUGGAUCUAGACAUGCGGUAAACAAGUCGUGGAUUAGACUGUUAGAGGUGCGAUAAUCAAGAGACCUAGACAUUGCACCAUAUGACUUACGUAACUUAGUGUCUUGUCCAAACGCUGCCUGUUGACCCACUAGGCUCAGUAAUGAUGGGGAAAAUCAUUGAUUGAAAAUAUAUAUAUAUAUAAAAAGAACACUGCUUCAUUAUUUUCAUUUUAGCUUGUAGGUUUUCAUUUUAGCCUGUGGAUUUUUUACCCACAGGCUAAAAUUAGCCUGUGGUAGAAAAAGUUAAUUUCGACCCCUGCUGUCUGAACUUUUUUCAAUUAACAGAAAUUGUUACUACAUGUAUUUGAACCGUUUUGUAAUUACCACUUACAGUUUCAGUCUGGGUUAACAUAAUUUGUUAUAUUGACUAUUGAAUUGUUAGUUAUUUCGAUAAAUUCAUCUGUCAAUAUUGCCUGGAUUAUAUCAGUUUUCAUUUUCUUUCUUGGUGAGAGAGUGUGCAGGUGAAAGUAUGAUUACUUUGUGUUUUUCAAACAUCUUUGUACUUAUUAUCUUAUUGCUAAAUAAAGUUUCUUUUG